CAGACCCAGUACCAUUGUCGCGUCGACCCACGCUCCACGCGUCUUCGCGAUAAGUUGACACUGUUAUCUACGAUAGCAGAAACUUUGUCAUUGUUUGUAUGUGAGUGGAAUCUUAAUUGGCAGUGAUCUCUUUCUACGUGCUCUGUGUUUGGAUAGCGAUUGGAGACCCGUACGGAAUUUGUUAGUGAGAAGAGAGCACGAGAGCGUGACGAGGUCCAAGGAACAAUCUCCGGCAUAGCAGCUGAUUGCGAUAUUCGCAUGACAAGAUUGCAGCAUUGGAGCGUUGAAGGACUACGUACGUAAUCAUGUCGGACACAAUAUGAUAAAUAUGGGAUGAUGGACUUGAAAAAGAGUUUAGUGUGUGUGGCGGUAUUGCUGACGCUAGCCACGAGUCAGAGCGAUGGGCCCUGUCCCUCUGAAGCGUCAGGGGGCACGCAAAUUGAGCUGGCGUGCUUUCUUCCGAGUGGUACAGAGAUAGAACUCGAUUGGCGUGCUCGUAAAUAUGUCACGCUUGAAUGCGAUGGUAAAGGCAGCUUCGCAUGCGCCGAAUUACCGAAAGUAUCGCCAAAGUCAGCUCCACCAACAAGGGCCAUGCUCAAAAAUUGCGAUCUACCUGUUAACGAGUCACUCGCGUGCACAUUGCAAACACUUGGCGCACCUAUUGCCACUUCGCUCACAUUGCGUGGUAUUGCAGCUAAACAUCUUACAUUAGAUCAUGUCCAUGGGUUGGUAAACCUAUCUACCCUCACGCUAGUGGGCUCAAGUGUUACACAUCUACCGACAGCAGCUUUAUCGGCUCUGCCAGCAUUGCGAAGAUUAACAGUGCGUGAAGCAAGCUUGCACCUAACCUCUGAUUCUUUGUUGGGAGUUUCGGGACUGGAAUAUCUUGAACUAUCCGCAAGUGAUAUUAAGCAGCUCAAUGCAAGUUUCUUUCGAGGACAGGAGUCGCUACACACUCUUAGUUUAUGGGGUAAUGAACUACGUGCAUUACAGUCUGGCAUUUUUGAAGGACUAGAUGAGUUAGAUACUUUAGAUCUGAGUUCUAACCCUUUGCAAUCAUUGGGUGAUGGAGUAUUAGAGGCAGCGAAAAACCUGCGGGUUUUGCGACUGGUAGAUACAGAACUAUCCCAAUUAGAUGAGCCCUCAUUACAUAAUCUAAACUCGCUUGAGGAAUUGAUGAUACUAGAUGGACGAAAACCGUUGAAGAUUGGUUCACGCUCAUUGGCGCUGCCGAAAUUACGCCUGAUAGAAUUAGAGAGGUGCAAGAUAUCGGUGCUACCUGGUGAUGCUCUCUCUGGCGCGCGUUCACUACGAACGUUAUCUUUGUCACACAAUGCACUAGAAUCGCUACCAUCAGAACUACUGCGAGAUUCCACGGAGUUGCGCGCACUUAAUCUUAGCCAUAACGCCCUAAAAUCUUUGACGCCGGCACUGUUUCAGCCGCUUUGGCACCUGGAAGAGCUUAACCUCGAUAACAACCAACUUGAAGAAUUCUCAGAUGAUAUGUUCGAGACUCUAGGCGUGUUGCGUUCACUGUCGGCUCGCAACAAUCGCUUGCGCACGCUGUCACCCACUGCGUUCCGAGGUGCACGCUCGCUGCAGUAUUUAGAUUUAUCUCACAAUGAGCUAACUUUGCGGUCUGCUGACACCAUAGAAACGCCGAUAGACGGCUACAUGGACUUUACGGACGGCCGAUCAUCGCCCAUGGCUGAGCUAAUAGCAAUGCAGUAUUUGGAUCUCGGACACAAUCAAAUCCAAGAUGUGUUUUAUGAUUGGCGUAACGUCAUGUUAAAUUUAAAACUGCUCAAUUUAACAAACAACCGCAUCGAGUUUCUGGAGAACCCGGACAUAAACUUCCUCAGUAUUGACGCCAUAGUAGACUUCAGAUAUAAUCAAAUAACCACGAUUCAAGUAUCAGAAAGAGAGCUAGAGGCCCGCGCAGAUGAUGGUGAAAGUUAUGCAGGAAGUGGUCGUUUGUUAGUAGAUGGGAACCCCUUCAAUUGUGACUGUUUUACGUUCUCGCUAUUGCGAUUUCUCAACAGCCCCAGUUAUGAGCAUAUAUUCCCAGUACUGACGAUUGAUGAUGCCAUUUGUGCCUCACCACCUGCACUAGCAAAUAUCACAGUUCGUGCGGUGCCACUAGCAAAACUAACGUGUGAGUUGCCACCGCCUAAGUGCCCAGAUAAUUGCAACUGCACCUUACAUCCUGCUGAGCAAGCGAUCAAGAUUGACUGUAUGGAACCACCUUUAAAUGUCCCUGCACCGUAUGAAUUUGGAUUUGGACUCAAUCGCACAGUUCUGCGUCUACAAAAUGCGCCGCCGUCCCUCAAUAUAUCGCUGCCAGUGCACGAACUCGUACUUUCUGGGCUCAAUCUAAAGGCGCCUCCUCCAGGACCUGCUCCACCCGAGCUUAAAUUACUUGAUCUCACCAAUAACCUACUGACAGAGGUGCCACCGGCAUCGGGCUACAAGCUACGCCUAGCCCGCAACCCUAUCGCAUGUGAUUGUGCACACUCUGAUGAUCUAGUAGCUCUACAUAAAUCAACAGACCGCGUAUGGGAUUAUAAUAUUACCACAUGCGCUCACGGCGGUCUCUUGCAACUUAACUCUGACGCAAAUUUAUUAUGCGCCAGAACUAAAGCAGCAUGGGCUGCAGGAAUAGGCGGAACAUUGGCAUUGCUAGGUGUGCUAGCUACCGUUUUAGCAGUUCUAUGGUUACGGUACCAGAACGAGAUCAAGGUGUACCUUUUCGCACGCGGCUGGUGUGGCUGCCUUACACGAUCGGGUAAAGAAGCUCCUGCCAAGUACGAUGCGUUCUUGUCAUUUUCACACAAGGAUGAAGAAACAGUGGUGCAUAAGUUAAUACCAGAGCUGGAGAGAAGAGGUUAUCGGCUUUGCGUACACUACCGAGACUGGGCGCCGGGCGAGUCUAUUGCGGAGCAUGUGUCCCGUUCGGUGCUUGAGGCCAGGCGCACAUUGGUAGUGGCAUCGCCUGGCUUUUUGAGCUCUGAAUGGGCUAGAGCAGAGUUCCGGGCAGCACACGCACGUGCGCUUAGAGAGGGUCGUGCUCGUGUGAUAGUUAUUUUGCUUGGAGAAUUGCCAGCACCCGAUCCUAAUGCUCAAGAAGAUGAUUUGCGCACCUACCUCCGAACGAACACGUAUCUAAAAUGGGGUGACCCAUGGUUUUGGCAGAAGUUACAGUACGCAUUGCCCCAUCGCCCUCUUGGAGACCUUAAAGAAGUCCUACCACUUCCACCAGGGACUAUCUCAGCUGAUGCCCUUCGUGCUGCAUUGGCGGUACAUAUAGAACCUAAAGAUAAGUUAUCAAAUGGAUUUCAACCACGACUUUUGCCUCCACCAGCAUUAUAGCGACUAGUGUGAAGUGUCAGAGUGAAUAAAAGGACUAUAUAUGAAGUGGACGUAUGUAUUAUUAGUUUCUAAAAAAAAUCUAAAUGCUUUAUCGGCAUUCUUUAUUCUUAAGUAAUAGGUAACACUGAUAACGGGUGAAAGUGUAGCUGAUAAUCAGACAUUCUAGUCAAGAAUCUGUUAAUCUAAGUGCACAUCAUUGUACUAUGAUAUUAAACGUAAUCUCCUUUUUUUUAUA